GGGAGGAAAGAAGAGAUGAAAUAAUACCACGCACAUCAUCCACGGUAUCGCCUUUGCCUACCGUUAACCUUCCACAACUACCAUUAGCUACCUUCGAUGGUGAUCUUAAAGGCUGGAGACAAUUUUGGAGUAAUUUCGAAGUUGCAGUGCACAAUCAAAACAUCCCAGACAUUCAGAAAUUGAAUUAUCUGAUAUCAAGUCUAAAAGGGAAUGCAUUAUUAGCCGUAGAAGGAUUUGACAUUGUUCCGGAAAACUACUCUGUUGUAAGAAGUUUACUACUCGAGAAAUAUGGUAACUCUCACAUAAUAAAGAAGGCAUUUUAUUAUGAGUUAAGCUCUAUGAAAAAAAACGAUAAAGAAUGGAAGACAACUAUUGAUGUGGUGGAGAGGAUCUUAAGACAGUUAGAAGCCUUAGGUGACAAUCUGGAGCAUCCAAGUAUCGACAGUACCAUGGAAAGUAAGUUACCUGCCUGGAUAUUGGAUCGAGUACUUCAGGCUAAGGCAGAGGCAGAAAGAUGGUCUGUAUACCAAUUUAGAAAAUUACUGUUGGACAUAGUAGCGAGAAAUAAUGAAGUUGCUAGAACUCAAGCCGCAACAGCAACAAAAACAACUGAAGACAGAAAACCUUCUAAAUUUGUAUACAAGGGCGAAACUUCAGCCUUAGCUGUAGUCAAAUCAACCGAACCAGCUGAUCUGAAGCAGAUUCCCGAACGAAGAAAGGCUAGAAGACCGUUCGUAGUUUGCAACAAAGACCAUUGGGAUAAUGAGUGCCAUAUUUACCCCACGCUCAAAGUCCGUAUGGAACGUUUGAGGAAAACCACUGCAUGUCUUAAAUGUUUUCGAACAGGACAUGCAACCAGUAAUUGCAAAACGAAGAAACUUUCAUGUUUCUACUGUAAAAGUCCUCAUAAGACGGCAUUGUGUCCAACUAAAUACAAAGAAUCC